GUCAAACAAUAGUUGUUUUCUAUUACCAAAUAUACAAUAUUAAUACUUAUUUAAAUUCCAUUAAUGUAAACAGUAAAUAUUAAAUGAGAUUGAUAAUUUUCUCUUGCAUAAAAUGUGUCUCCCCUGAUUUAAAUGGCUUCUCAAUGAAUGGAUAUGAAGUGUGUUUAUUGUGAGGGAAUUGAAGUUAUUAGAAUGGAAAAGUGUUGGUUUUUUGGGGUGUUGAUUGUGGUAGGCUAUGGUUGCUUCCUAAGGGACAUUGUUGGGGUAGAAGGGUACCCAAUUGAGGAUUUGAUUAUGAAGUUGCCAGGUCAACCUAAGGUUGAAUUCAGUCAAUAUGCAGGUUAUGUUGAUAUUGAUGUAAAACAUGGGAGGAGUCUCUUCUACUAUUUUGUUGAGGCUGACCAAUACCCUCACAAAAAGCCCCUCACACUUUGGCUCAAUGGAGGUCCAGGAUGUUCCUCAAUUGGAGGAGGUGCCUUCACUGAAUUGGGUCCGUUUUAUUCUACCGGCGAUGGACGUGGUUUACAAAGAAAUUCAAAUUCUUGGAAUAAAGUUUCUAAUCUCCUCUUUGUGGAGUCUCCUAUCGGAGUUGGUUGGUCAUACUCAAAUAUAACUUCUGAUUAUAAUAACUAUGAUGACGCUUCCACAGCCAAUGAUAUGCUCUUGUUCAUGUUGAAAUGGUACGAGAAAUUUCCUUCAUACAAAUCAAGAAACUUGUUUCUUACUGGAGAAAGUUACGCAGGACAUUUCAUUCCUCAGUUAGCCAAUAUUCUUCUUGAUUAUAAUUCUCAUUCCACUACUCUCAAAUUCAAUAUAAAAGGAGUCGCGAUUGGGAACCCACUUCUAAAAUUGGAUCGUGAUACACAAGCAAUAUAUGAAUAUUUUUGGUCACAUGGAAUGAUUUCAGAUGAAAUUGGCCUCUCCAUUAUGAAUUGCAAUUAUGAUAACUUAACUAAAUCAUGCAAAGAUGCUAUGAUUGAUGCUCAAGAUAUUGUGGGUGACUAUAUAGAUAGCUAUGAUGUGAUUCUUGAUGUUUGUUAUCCAUCCAUAGCUGAGCAAGAACUAAGAUUGAAAAAAAUGGCUACUAAAAUAAGUUUGAGUGUAGAUGUUUGUAUGGAUUCUGAAAUACAUUUUUACCUCAAUCUUCCGGAGGUUCAAAAAGCUCUUCAUGCUAACCGUACUAAUCUGUCAUACCCAUGGUCCAUGUGCAGCGAUGUUUUGGAUUACAACAAUGCAGAUCAUGAUAUUAAUAUGCUUCCGGUUCUCAAACGUAUAGUUCAAAACCAUAUUCCAGUAUGGGUUUAUAGCGGAGAUCAAGAUUCAGUUGUGCCAUUACUAGGUUCUCGAACACUCAUUCGUGAACUAGCUAUUGAUCUUAAGUUCAAUAUUACAGAUCCAUAUAGAGUUUGGUUCCACAAAGGCCAGGUUGGAGGUUGGGUGACUGAAUAUGGAAAUUUGUUGACUUUUGCCACCGUAAGAGGAGCAGGCCAUAUGGUAUCAUAUGCACAACCUUCUAGAGCAUUACAUCUAUUUAGUUCAUUUGUGAGUGGGAGAAAAUUGCCAAACACAUCUCAACCUUCGAUUAUUGAUGGAAUUACAUAUGGAUAAAUAAGAUUAUGAGUUUGACAAUUAUGUAUAACAUAUGGAAAUAAAUAUUUUAUAUUAGAAUUCACACAAAUGAUUAUAUUUCGAUUCUCUAAGUAAAUUAAAGGGUAUGUUUCGAGCACUUUCUAAAUUA